AGGGGAGAGAGAAAGAGGGAGAGAGAGACACGGAGGUGUGUAGUAAACAGCUCAUUACAAGCGCAAUUUUCUUCAGUAAACAUCCCUCGGAGAUAAAUCGACUAACUCUUGUUUUACGCUUUCACGAAGUAUGAUGAUAUGAUACAUGAUGACGUGGAUGUAUUUUUGCCUCGUUGGGGCGAGUUGACCGUUUCGAGUAACGACAACUGGAAAAAGUGGAUGUUGUACAUUUAAAUUUGAAUUAAAGGUUUUAAAGAGAGCUCAGUUGUGGGAAGAGGAAGAGAGAGAGCCGCUUCGGUUAAAAAGUACGCGGACAUUGAGCUCUCCAUACGGGAGUCGGUAUGCUGUACGGACGCGCAGCGGGCGGAGAGGAGCUCGGAACCGAGUCUUUAAAACAGUAUGUUACGGGAAUGGCGCUGGAUCUUUUCGCCUCGUCCAUUCCACCGAGCGCAUGAAGAGCAGCGGGAGAUGGCUGUCUGAAGUAUUUGCUUUAUUUCGGGUAUGGAUAAAAUCAUGUUUAAUAAGGUCUCUGGACCCAAAUGUCGCAUCUUCCGGAAGCAGCUUGUGUUGGGGCCCAUCAGCACUUGACAGCAGGCUGGGAGUUGGCCAGUGUGGCUCUGUGCUUCAGCACACUCUCAGUCUCACGCUGCUUGGGCCCAACACUGAAUGGCGUAAGUGAGAAAACCCAUGCACUUCAAUGAGACCACCUCUCCAGAGACGGACUAGAAAUUAUCGUUGGAUUACUCCUUAAAUUCCUGGUUUAUCUGUGAACUGCAUAUUUUGAUCUUUCAGAGGACAUAAUUUUGCUGGAUUUGUGAAAUUUCCAAUUUACUCCCUGAGGUCUUCGAUUUUUUUUUUUUUUUGCCAUUUACUUUCCCUCCCUCUCUUUUUCAUUAUGGAGUUUCAAGCUGGAUUUUGGAGUAAUGAUUGGACUUCAUUUCUUCGCUUUUGGUUGACAGUGUUGUUGAGCUUGCAUGUGCAGUUCAGCCCUGUCUCCUCUUGUCCUGAGGAGUGCCGCUGCGAUAAAACAUUUGUUUAUUGUAAUGAGAGGAGCCUAACGUCUGUGCCUCUGGGGGUGCAAGAGGGAUAUAAGACCCUCUUCCUCCACAACAACCAGAUCAACAAUGCUGGUUUUCCGGUGGAGCUACACAACGUUGCCUCUGUAGAUACUGUUCACUUAUAUGGGAACCAGCUGGAUGAAUUUCCCCUAAACCUUCCCAGGAACGUUCGAGUGCUACACCUCCAGGAAAACAACAUCCAGACUAUCUCCAGGGCUUCACUAGCCCAGCUACCCAUGCUGGAGGAACUACACCUGGAUGACAACUCCAUCUCCACUGUAGGAGUAGAGGAGGGGGCUUUCAGUGAGGCUGUCAGCCUUAAGCUUCUAUUCCUCACCAAAAACCACCUGAGCAGCAUUCCUAUCGGAUUACCGGCAGAUCUCAAGGAGCUGCGAUUGGAUGAGAAUCGCAUUGCCGACAUUGCUGAGGAUGCCUUCCAGAAUGUCACCACCCUGCAGCGACUGUUGCUGGAUGGGAACCUCCUGGAAGAUGAGGCCAUCGCUCCUGGGACCUUCCACGAUCUGGUGAACCUCAGAGAGCUGUCCCUGGCACGCAAUUCACUCACCACUCCACCACCAUUGCUCCCUGGUGCAUCCCUGACUAAAUUCAACCUGCAGGAGAAUCAGAUUGAUAACAUUGAAGUGACAGCCUUUUCUGGGCUCAGCAAACUGGAGAGAUUGGAUAUCUCCAGCAACCAGCUUCAGUUUCUUCCACCGGGUGUCUUUGACGGUUUGAGAAACCUUAGGUCCCUUAAUGUGAGGAACAACCUCUGGCGAUGUGAUUGCAGCAUUAAGUGGGUCAUUGCAUGGCUCAGGUCUCUGCCAUCUGCGCUAAAUGUCCGUGGAUUCACAUGCCAUAGUCCGGAGCGGGUGCGUGGCAUGGUAAUUCGAGAACUCACCUUAAAUGCCAUUGACUGCCCUGAUGGCACAGUGUUGCAUCCCUGGCCAACCCAUUCAUACCCAUCCACAUUUCCACCACGUAAAACCACCACCAUCACCACCACCACCCCCAGAACCACCCGCUUCACCACCAUUUCAUCCACAGCUUUUUACCCUCCCUCUGCCAGCCCCACACCCCCAGUGCCACGUUUCCCUCCCGGACCCCUACCUCCUUAUGAAGACCCCUUGAAAAUCUCCUUUCAUGUUGUUAAUUCUACCUGCAUUGACAUGAGUUGGGAAUCUUACUUCACUGUGAUGGCUUACAAAGUGACAUGGGUCAAGAUGGGUCAGAGCCUAAUGAGUGACAUCACUCGAGAAAGAACCAUCCCAGGAUACCAGAGAAGGCUCCGUCUGACGAAUUUGGAGCCCAGAUCUCUCUAUCGCAUUUGUGUGUAUGUUCUGGAUACUCUUAAUACUUACAGACCAGGGGAGGAUACUAUCUGUUCUGAGGCUAAGACCAAGUCCAUAUCCACAUACUCUGAAUCGGAGCAGGCUGCCCAGCAAGACAAUACCUCUACACUCCUAUUGGCCGGAGUGAUAGGUGGGGCAGUGUUAGUGGUCUUAGUGACACUUCUGAGUUUGUUUUGCUGGCACAUGCACAAGAAAAGCAGGUCGUCGUCAUCCAAAUGGAAAUAUAAUCGUGGCAGGAGAAAAGAUGACUACUGUGAGGCUGGCACCAAAAAAGAUAACUCCAUCCUAGAAAUGACUGAAACAAGCUUUCAGAUAGUGUCACUUAACAACGAGCAGCUUUUAAAGGGGGACUUCAGAAUUCAGCCCAUCUACACACCUAAUGGAGGAAUUGGCCUCAGAGACUGUCACCUCAGUAACAAUAGCAUAGGUUACUGCAAGAGCAGUAACGUACCCAGUGUGGACUUCUGCCACACAUGAUGCUCUUUAAUGGAAGCUACAACUAUUUGUUGAAUGAAAAAUGUAGUUCAGUAUACUGUACAAUACAAAUACACACACACACACACACACACACACACACACACACACACACACAUAUAUAUAUAUAUUUCCAGGUGCAGUUAAAAUGGUAAUUUAUACUGUGGACAAGUAUGUGGAAUUCUGCUAUAUUUUCUAUUCUUAGUAAAUAUGAAAUGGUUUUGUAAUUUGUGAGGCUCAAAGUGCUUUGGCUUAAGGACACUUCAGUUAUUUUAUAUAAUCAAAUAAUGCUGGCUACCUGCUGCAUAUGCAGUGCACAGGCUUGCCUCAUGACAACUUUCAGAUCCUGAAUAUUUUUCCAACCACAGAACCAAAAUAUGCCCUUUGUGCUGAAAUACGGCUACCCCUUCACACAACAGUAGUUAAGAUAACAGUGGUCAGGAAAUCCAAACACUGCUGAUUAAGCUGCAGUAGAAAAAAAUUGAGCUGAGUUUUCAUUCUUUUUUUUAAAUUAUUAUUGAAGUGCACUUUUUUAAUGCAGCAGAGAGCAUGAGCAGUCAUUCAGGAAAUUAACUUUCAUGGAAAUCACAUUUGAAGGGAAAAGGGACCACUCUUCAUCACCCUGCAGUUUCUCACAGGGAAAGGCCAACAGCAGUAAAUGUUAUAGGGAGAUGACCAGAAGGGUUCCUGUGCAAGCGUUUUCCAUGGCAUGUGUGUAUAUAUAUAUAUAUAUAUAUAUGUAUACACACUUAUUCAUAUAUAUGUAUUCAUUUUGUCCACCAGGGGGCAGCUUGUUUCAGCCCAUACAGCAGAAUUCAUAGCACCUACUAGACCCCAAAAAACACUCUUUAAUAUUAUACAUUUUCAUGGUUUUUCUCCUGCUAAUUUACAACCCAAACAUAAAUUGCUAAAAGAGGUAAUAUAAUUAGGUAAAUCCCAGUGGUAAACAAGUAAUAUCCUGUUGGAGCUCUUUAACCUCCAUAUAUAUUAUUAUUCAUUAUACACACAGUGAUGAAAAACAGCACCUUUAACUCUUCUGUUUUGGAGGAAAUUACAAACAACUGUUAUGUUUGGUGUCGAAAAGACCCAGUAGAGUACAGUACAUAUACAGUGUACCUGCAUUUGAUCAUAUACAUGAAUAUUACCAUAGGCUUGUUUUUUACAGUAAACAAGCUUUAUCAAAUAGCUUUUCAUCUGGAAAGAGUGCCUCCUAUAUAUCAGUGGUGGUACUACUUUUUUGCAGUAGAUACUGUGUUCCCUACUGUACGUUUUUAGUAAAAAAGAUAAUAUGUAUCUGUUGAAACAAAUACAGAAUCAUGUUUUAUUAUUAUUAUUCAAAAUAUUUAAUUUCAGACUAUAAACAUCUGCCUGGCAGACAAAUAAAUAUAUUAAAUAAAAUCCCAUAGACUACUUUUUACAUUAAAUCUAGGUAUAAGGAUGGCAUAGAGACGUUGGUAUAUUUAUUUUACUCUGACCAUCUAGCAACCAUUUAGUAAUGCCCUAGCAAUGGCCUUUUAAUUAUCCUAGCAGUGGCCUUGUAAAUACCCAACAUUGGACAUAUUAACAAGCAUGAUUCAAAUAAUAUAUAUAUAUAUAUACACACAGGGUUGGGAGGAUUACUUUUGAAAUGUAUUCCACUACAUAAUACAUGCUGUAAAAUGUAAUUUGUAACGUAUUCCAUUAGAUUACUCAAGGUCAGUAACAUAUUUUUAAUACUUUGGAUUACUUCUUUAGCACUAAUAGAUUUUAUCACUUGUUUUGACUAUAAAAACUCAAAAUACAAAAUAAUAAUAAAUGAUAUUAAUAAAAGACAAAAUACACAUGCCUAAAUAUCUUAUGCAGUGUUGUUUCUAAAACUUAAUUGAUUUUGUUUUAAGUAUUUUUAGAUAUUUUUACAGGAAAACAAUCCAAAAUUUAUUAUCAAGAACAUGAUUUUUGCCCUAAUAUCAAAGGUCUUACUUGAAAAAAGAAAUUAUGAUCUAACAUGAAUUUUCUUGAUAAAAAAUAUUAUCGUGCCUGGUAACGUGCAUGUAAAAUGGCAAGAAAUAGCAUUUUAGCUUAGCAUAAAGCUGACAAUUUACACAAGGUUUAUUUUGAUUUCUUCUGCUCCAAACUUAUUCAAACUUACUUCUCUGUCUGCUCGUAUGAAUGUAACACAUCAUAAGAAAGUGUAUUUUGGAUCGCAUCAUUUAUAUGUACAAAUGUUCUCCAUCUGAAAGGACUAAAUAUUAAAUGAAACAAAUGACAAUAAAAUGAUAAAUAAUCUCUUCAGUAAUCAAAAUACUUUUUGAAUGUGACUGUAUUCUAAUUACAAUUAUUUAAAUUGUAUUUGUAGUGGAAUACAGUUACUUAUAUUUUGUAUUUUAAAUACACAAUCCCAUUACAUGUAUUCUGUUACUCCCCAACCCAGUAUAUAUAUAUCAAACUUAUUUAUGUGGACUAUGUGGAGAAUCUAAAGCCAUUUUGACCUAAAAACCAAUUUUAAUGCUUAAAAGUGUCAAAAUGACCCGAACAUAACAGAAGGGGAACAGUCUGUAUAAUUCCUUUUUAUUUAUUCUAAUUGCUCUACAAAUUAGGCCAUGACAUUACAUAAAGCUCUUUCUGACUAUGCUCUGAAACGAAUGUUUUCAGGAACCUUCUAUAGUGACUGUAUGUUCUGGACAUCAAAUCAGGAGGGAUGAUGAAUGGCUGAUUUAAACAAAAGCCUUUUUUCCCACAGAGUUGAACUGGCACAUGCCUGAUUUUGUCUUUGAAAGAGUUUCAGAUCCCUGCAUGAGUGCAAUUAGGACUAUUUUUUAAUGCCGCGUCAGUUUUCCAGGACAGAGAGCUCAUUUUGGAAUGCAAGCUUGCUGUGGAGAAGUAUUUAUCAUGCACUGUUACUCAUCGACAUUACUUGCUUUGACACUAUUUUAUUUUGUGGGUCGAGUUCAACCCCCCACUUUAUAAUUCGUGGUCCAAGAAAAGGAGAAAAUAUGCAGAGGUUAUUUUCGCUUGGCAGUAGGAUUGGGGUUGGAAAGGGGGGUCUUAAUUAACAGUUAACCCUUUGUUGCUCUCUGGUUUGGCACUAAAGUUAGAAUAGAUGGCUGGAUACUUGAUUACAUCCAAACAGCUCUUGCCAUUACAUGAAAUCAAAUGGGAUAUUUGGUUUGUAUGACUAACAUGUCUAUAUUUGAAUACUACAUUGAUGAGCUUGAAGCUUGCACAGGUUACAAAAGUGUUGUUUCCGUGGCACAAAUAAAAUGCUCUCUAAAAGAAAAAAGAAAAAGAGGGCUACUGCACUUCUCUGGGCAUGAACUCUGCUUUCCUUGAAAUCUGGAACAUCCUUGGGAUCCAUUGCUCAACUGAAGGCUUUUAACUGAUUUUGUACUCCAUUAGAAAUUCAUUUCAAAUCCUGUGGCCACCCGUAAGUCUUUUAAACAGACUUCCUCACACAGUCUGAAGUCCAGUGUGGUUUUCAAGCUCAGGUUCCCCAAGAGGAGGUGGAUGUGGUGGCGAAGACCCGUAUAAAUAGCUGUGAAGUUUACCCAUUAGUGAGAUAAAUCUUUACUGAUCCUCUCAUGUGCCACGUUACACUACAUCAUUCCUUCUUCUGAUGUCCUCAGAGCUUGUGUAGAGGGUGUUUUUGCAGGGCCAUCACCAAAACCAGAAAUGUUUCAUACUACACAUGAACAGUUUUAUCUGUUGCCUUACUGUAACUUAGCAGUAUAUCUUAAUCGGGUUCAGUUGAAGGAUUGGACAUGACAUAAACAGAGAUCUGCGGAUUACAGCAAUAGUCAACAAUUGUGAAGUCAGGGUUGAAUGCAAAGCACACGUUUUGAAAGGCGAUUGCAAACGACAUACUGACAGACAUCAAUAGAUGACAUUGCUAAGAAGCCAAGAUCUGUCCUCCAGACAAGAAUGGCAUGUUAUGAUUAAGAGUGACUCAUUGCCUCGCUCGUGUGGCGUACAUUGUUCUUUAUUUUCUAUGGAUGAGCUGAAAAUCACAGUAGCGGCCCUGUAGUCAGAUGGAUGUAUUACACAAAAGGGACUGAGAGCAAUGGCUCGUGUCAGUAAUCCUACCCAACAGUCAAUCCGUCUCUUUGAAAAAGCACAUUGAUUUGGUUUGGAAUAAUUACUCUAAAUGACUGUGGGGUCAGUCUGAACAAAGCACUACCACAAAUGUGGCUGAAUAUGUCUUGGAUCUUUGUGUGUCCAUUUCAUUCUUUUAUUUUUUCAAAAGUUGUUCGCCUGUGUGAUGUGGUAAUCUAUAAUUAAACCUUAUUUAAUACAGAGCUCAACUUAUUGGUUGACAUUAUGGUGUUACAUGAGAUAAAAGCUAAAUUUAGCUGAUAUGUUAAUGAAUGGAUUGUGCAAAACCUUACCGAAUUGCUUGGUGAGUGACUGUUCAUUCAAAUGGCAACCUGAAAGCCACAACACAUUGAAUAAGAUUCAUGUGUUUUAAUAUUCUGGGUGUGUUUUCUUCAGAAUGAGAAUGGGAAGUGAUUUUACACUCUCGUGCUACAGUUUGUUGGUCAGCAGUCUGGGUAUUGCAGUAUAAUCUGUUGGGAACCAAAGUCAAUUUUUAAUUGCAACAUUCAAUUUUCUUCUGUUUGUUUCCACUAUUAAAUUGUUGGUGUUGUCCCAUGUAUGUGCCUUGAAAUUAACUUACAAUGUAAAGUCCUUGAAACCUUUAAAUGUUUUUGCACAAGUUGUAAAUAGAGAAACUGCGAUUUUUGAAAAUAAUAAAAACCAAACAAAAAAAAAAAAACAUCAGAAUUGACAAGUGAUUUUGUCCAUUAUAGCUAAAUUGAAUUUUCCUUUUAGUGUAUUUUUCAGGAUGUGUGAUCCAUUCAUCAAAGGAACUCCCUCAUCAUUCACACCCCCAUGCCAUACCAGUUGUGUCUAACGUUCCUUCUUCUGCAGAACACAAACAAGAAUAUCUCAGCUCUGUAGGUCCAUGUAAUGCAAGUGAAUGGUGACCAAAAGUUUGAAGCUUCAAAAAGCAAAUACAGGUACCAUAAAACGAAUCCAUACAACUCCAGUUCUCACUUAAUAUUGAUUAGAUCACUUCAGAAGACAUGGAUUAAACCACGGAAGUGUUAUGGAUUACUUUUAUGCUGCAUUUUUGGAUAAUAAUUGGAUCGUAAUAAACAAAGAUAAUUAUUUUGUUUAAUAUGAACAUUUUCAUUCUUACAUGGUUGUUACAUUUUAGUUCUAAUUGUUAACGUUCUAUAAAAACUGCUGAUGUUUCUAAGAAGUUCAGUUGAAAUGCUUUCUUUCAAAUUACAUCACAUAUUCUUAAACACACACACACACACAC